AUGGCGCUCCUCACGUUGGAAUGUCGACGUUACGCGUUUACACGGAAGUCCAUGUUGGAUGUGAUCGGGAUUACUCGUCAGAAGAGAGGCCCAAGUUUCCACAAGGCGGAGGUGGAAGAAACCCUAAAGAGGAUCCAGAGCCAUAAAGGGGUGAUGGGAACUAUGGUCGUGAAUGCAGAAGGCAUUCCUAUCCGAACAACCUUGGACAACUCGACGACGGUUCAGUACGCAGGUCUUCUUCAUCAGCUGACAAUGAAAGCCAAGAGCACGGUCCGUGACAUUGAUCCUCAGAACGACCUCACCUUUCUCAGGAUCAGGUCAAAGAAACAUGAAAUCAUGGUAGCCCCAGAUAAGGAAUAUCUUCUGAUCGUCAUUCAGAAUCCAUGUGAAUAG